UUCUUGCUUUUUUGUAGGUCCUAUAUCAUUGAGCUACAGCCCCAGCUCUGUUUUUCAGAAAAAUUCUCAAACAUCCUUAAAGCCUGGCACACUGUGCCAGUCACAAAAGUAUUUCAUAUACUUGCCCAAGUGACAUGAUCUUUUUGUUCAAGACCUAGCCAAACAAACAAUAACAAAAAAACCCUAGGGUAUGUGUGGAAUAGAUGGGGAGAUGGCAAAUAUAGAAGGAAUGUGUUUUAGUUGAGCAAUGUAUUGAAUUAGGGAAUGGGUUUGUGAUGGAGAGAACACGAUUGACAGCUGAGUGGGAUGGUUUCAAUACAGGAGAACUGAGGAAAUGGAAAGCUGGGAAAACUUUAUGAAAUGAAUUUAAGUUCUAUCUUUUCUUUUGAUUUUCAAGCUUUGUAGUCAUGCUCCAGAGCUUUCCUCUUCCAGGAAGAUAUACUUAUUUAGCUCUCUUUUGUGAAUACAAGUAAAUGUAUAUUGAUUCAUUAACGGAACAAUAUUUGCUUGUGUUUGUCAAAAAAUGUCAAGCAAGACAAAAGAAAGCCAUAAUUAUUAAUGGAGUAGAGAAACAGGUAUAUAUUGUCAAUUGCCUCCUCUCGUGCAGGAAGAUAAAAGCUGAGGAAUCUGUGGUGGAACGAGCCAAGGCCAAUGCAGCCCUUUGGGAGGCCAGAUUGGAAUUCACAGAACUCUCUAGGAUUGAGUAUCGUGAUACUUCCCGAAGACUGGCAAAAUGCAACGAGGAGUUAAAGAAACAGCAGUAUAAAAUGGAGAAAGACACAAUGUCUGUAUUAACCUUCAUGAAAAAGGAGGAUCAGGUGAAAGAUCAUUUGAUUGAAGUACUGAAACAGCAAUUGUUAGAGACAAAGGCAAAAGCUCAAGAGGAGAAGGAACAAUUGGAACAAAAGUAUUCUUCACAAAUAAAUCAGCUGGAAGGAAGAUUCUAUCAAAGAGCCAAAGAAAUUGGCAUGAUUCAGACAGAGCUGAAAACAAUAAAACAAUUCCAGAAGAGAAAAGUCCAAGUGGAAAAGGAAUUAGAGGAUCUGAAAGAUAGUUUAAGGAACACAGAGAAGAAACAUCAGGAGACUCUCCGAAGACUGGAAACCAGAUUCUUUGAAGAAAAGCACCGUCUAGAAAAAGAGGCUGAAAAGAAGAUAGUAAUGCUGGCAGAGAGAGCCCACCAUGAAGCUGUAGUACAACUGAAUACUGCUGGAAGAAAUGUUUUUAAAGAGAAUGUUUAUCUCCAGAAAGCUCUUUCAUACCACCUGAAGGAAGCUGAUGCUCUACAGAAAGACUCCCAGAAGUUGCAAGAGAGUCAUACUAUCCUUUUACAUCAAAAGGAGAUCAAUGAAUUAUUAAUUAAAGAAAAGAUUAUGCAACUUGUCCAGCAGAAGUCACAAAUCCAGACUCUUCAGAAGAAGGUGAUAAACUUGGAGAAUGCUCUAACUUUUAUGACCAAAGAGUUUGAGGCAGAAAUUUUGAAACUGCAGCAACAGGCAGCAAUAGAGAAUCAAGCAGGUCUGGUAGAAAUUGACAAACUACAGCAGGUUCUUCAUAUGAAGGACAGGGAAAUGAAUCGAGUGAAAAAGCUGGCCAGAAACAUACUGGAUGAGAGGACAGAAGUGGAACGUUUCUUCCUAGAUGCUCUACACCAAGUGAAACAACAGAUCCUAGUCAGCAGGAAAAACUAUAAGCAGUUAGCAAAGGCUGCUUUCAAUUUAAAGAUGAGAACAGCAUGUGCAGGAAGAACAGAAUAUCCCCAAAUCAGGACAUUUGAUGGCAGAGAAUACAGCACCAAUAGUGUGAAUCAAGAUCUCAUAGAGGCUGAAAAAUGGACAAAUACUCGAAGAAAUGUGGAUAUUGGAGAUUUGACUUGGGAGCAGAAGGAGAAAGUCUUGAGAUUGCUCUUUGCAAAAAUGAAUGGUUUAGCUUCUAGGAAAUACAACCAGAGUUCUCGGCCUCCAGUUCCAGAUACUCUUGUUUCUGACAAUGGAGAAAUGAAGGAAUCUGGUAAUGAAAAUACACUUCAAGAUCAAACCUUCAUCACUCAGCAAGUUCCGAUAUCAAAUGCUGGUGAAAUGGUGCUACCCAGUAUUCCACAAGGACCACAGGUCUCUGACCAAGUAAGGAGUCUCUAAUUAAUCAAGUAAUGCAUGUAAUUGUUACCCUUCACUAUGCAUCUUGGCUGAUUUCACAGUGGUUUCCUAGCUAGCCAGCAGCUCUGAGGAAUUUAGAAAAGUAACAAAUAGUACUAACACUACUACAUCACAGGAACUUUA